CGAUAUUUGAAUUUUGUUUGAACGACUCCGUUCAACGGAUUCCCUUGACGAUAAAUUGGGAUUUUGACUCAUUUUAUUUUAUUUUAGUGAAUUGUCCAGGAAUUUUCGAACCAUUGAGUGUAACAAACCCGGUGUACAGUAUUUUAUGUGUGUAGUGCCAAGAUGACGUCGGAAAAAGGCUCUCGGAGAGAUAAAAACCAGAACAUCCAAGUGUUUGUGAGACUAAGGCCUCUUAAUCAGAGGGAGCGAGACAUAAAGUCUCUGGGAGUGGUAGAAGUAGUGAACGGACGAGAGGUGGUGGUGCGUCAGUCACAGCAGACCACGCUCACUAAGAAGUUCACAUUUGACCGUGCUUUUGGACCGAACACUAAACAGAUUGAAGUGUACCAACAAGUAGUAAGUCCAUUGAUAAAGGAGGUGCUAUGCGGCUACAACUGCACCGUGUUCGCCUACGGGCAGACAGGCACCGGCAAGACACACACUAUGGUCGGCGAAAGCACCAACGAUGAAAACAUCAACUGGCAGAACGACCCUCUGGCCGGCAUCAUCCCCCGCGCUCUGAGCCAACUGUUCGAUGAGCUGCGCAUCUCCAACACCGAGUACACCGUCCGAGUGUCAUACUUGGAGCUAUAUAAUGAAGAACUAUUUGAUCUGCUCUCCUCUUCUGAAGAUAACUCGAAGCUUAGGAUUUAUGAGGAUGUUACUAGGAAGGGAUCUAAUAUUGUUAAUGGAUUGGAAGAGAUUACGGUAUACAACAAGAAUGAAGUAUACAAGAUUAUGGAACAGGGCCAGGAAAGAAAGCGUGUGGCUUCCACACUCAUGAACGCACAAUCUAGCCGCUCCCACACAGUAUUCACCAUCGUCGCCCACAUGAAAGAAAACAACCAGGAGGGCGAGGAGCUGGUCAAGAUCGGCAAGCUGAACCUGGUCGACCUGGCCGGCUCCGAGAACAUCAGUAAAGCCGGCUCUGAUAACCCUGCGAAGAAAGAGAGGGCACGAGAGUGUGUGAACAUCAAUCAGAGUUUGUUGACGCUUGGAAGAGUCAUCACGGCGUUGGUGGAGAGACAUCCGCAUAUACCGUACAGAGAAUCCAAGCUCACCCGAAUCCUCCAAGAGUCCCUCGGGGGCCGCACCAAGACCUCCAUCAUCGCCACCAUCUCCCCCGGCCACAAGGACCUGGAAGAGACCAUGAGCACCCUGGAAUAUGCUCACCGAGCCAAGAACAUCCAGAACAAGCCGGAGGUGAACCAGAAGAUGACCAAGACCGCCAUGCUGAAGGAGUAUGCCGAGGAGAUUGACAAGUUGAAGAGGGAUCUGCAGGCGGCUAGGGAUAAAAAUGGCGUCUGCAUCUCCAGCGAGACCUUCACCGAAAUGAACCUGAAGGACGAAGAGCAGCGCAAGGAGAUCCAGGAGCUGCUGCUGAAGAAGCGCGCCAUGGAGCAGGAGCGGGACCGCCUGGAGGCCGUCCACGACCAGCUCAGCCAAGCGCUGCGCGACCGGCUCUCCGAGCUGGACAGCACGAGGCAGGCCAUGCGGACCACCAAGGAAAAACUCCUUCACACUAACAAUGCACUCGUAACCACGAAGAUCCAAUGCGAGGAGCAGAAACAUCUAGUCAGCAGACAUCGCGCCACCGAAGAAGAAUUGAGCGCGCAGGCCAAAGAUAUCAUCGCCGUCGCCGACACCGCUGCCACACACGUCCACAACCUGCAUGCGAGCGUCGACAAACGCAGACAUCGCGCCACCGAAGAAGAGUUGAGCGCGCAGGCCAAAGAUAUCGCCGUCGCCGACACCGGUGCUACGCACGUGCACAACUUGCAUGCGAGCGUCGGCAAACGCAGAAUGGUGGAAUCGAGGAAUAUCCAGGUGACUGCGAGCUACCGGCAGCAGGUGGGUGCACUCCGUACCGAGGUGGCGGGCGGCGCGCAGAGCUUCGUCGACGCGCUGGCGCAUGCGCUACAGGCUUUACAUCACCAGACGGACAGUUACACGACGAGUAGCACAAGCAGCAUGGAACAGGAUAAAAAAAAGUUGCAAGAGCUGGCUCAAAGAAUUCUUGAAACUACUAAUGAGACCUCAUCUACAUCCAACCAACAGUACGAGACCUUCGUAAACCUGUUGUCUCGAGCACGGGAAGAUCUGACAACGGGCCCCACUAAUCUGUACUUGUCCUUCCGCGCCGCACUGCGGAGUUGUCUGCAGCGCGCCGCCGAGGGGAAACGACGCGUCACUGAACGGGACGCAUCACAGGCCAUUGAAAAACUAGUGCAAGGAUGGCUGACCGACAGUGUUGAGCGCGUGGCAUCUCUCCGCCGCUCGCACGCGAGCUACCACAGCUUAGCGGCCGAGGCGGAGGCGAGGCGUGCCGACCUACACAAGAGACAACGCGACGCUCGCCGGCAACGGGUGCUGAAGGCUAGCGGAAGAAUCGACGCCGCAUUCACUCAACUACAAACCGAGAGAUCUCAGCUAGAAAACCGUCUCACCAAACAACUAUCCGACAUCGAACAAGAGCGUCGAGAGAGCGAAGCCCGCCUAGAGCGCUGGGCCGAGGAGGAGAGACUGCGACUGGCUCGACACGUCGAGGCCGAGAGGCUGGCUCUGUACGCCAGGCUGGACAAGAGGAUAGCUGAUGUUGAAGAGGAAAAGAAGACUUUGGAAGAACGGGUCAGGAAUAUCGAGUCAUGGCGAGCGGAGCAAAUGGCGGCCGUGGAUGAGGAAAACAAGAUGGCGGACGCGGACCUAGCCGAGUGCGAGGCCGGCGGACAAGACUGCCUCAAAUGCAUGCACAAGUAUAGCAAGGAGCUUGACGAAGGCACGAUCGCGAUGAGCGCGGACUUCAGAGCGUUCUCGGGCAACAUCGUGCAAGUGACGGAGCACUACAACAAGGAACUACUGCACCUGCUCACGCGAGCCACCGAACAGAUCGAGCAAGAGGCGAAUACCGCGAUCGCGUCGGGAGAGCAGAACACGCAACAACUGUGCUUGCGCACUAAUGACGCGCUGGACAGCGUGCUGACAGGCAACAAGCAGCUGCUGGACGCCGUCAUACAGAAGAUUGAGGGCUCAGCCGCCGCGACAGUAUCCUCAUUAGCCACCGUGUCUGCUUCAACUUCCGGCCUCAUCCAACACUCGCGCGCCGCUCUGGAAGCGCACAGCAUCUCCGUGGAAGACAUGUUGCAACGCACCAACGUGUUUCACGACAACUUGAGACAGGCACUCGCCCAGCAAGAGCAACUGGAGGGAAGGGCGUUUGGGGAGGAGUUCAAGUUAUACUCGCCCACUGGUAAGACGCCGGUGCGGCAGGAGUACCGGUUCCCGCGCACGCUGGCCGCCACGUCGCCGCACGAGCGCAUCCUGGCGCGCUUCCGGGCCAGGACACAGAAUGGACACGACGAGGAUUGCAUAGUGGUGGAGUGUGAGGUUGAGCCCCGUCCUACAUCAGACAGCGAGUCGUCCGUGUCUGAGGACUCGGCGCUGAGCGAGUUCACGACGCCGUCGCCGCCCGCAGAGGUGCGCGCGCCCAACAUCCUCAAGUGCACAUCCGAAACUGAUAUUUAUUAUAGAAAGCAAACCGGCAAAGAAAACAGCGCGAUCCCGCCGCACAAGCCCGUCUCGCACAAGAAGGCCUCCCGCCUGCCCGCGCCCACCAGCCACAAGAAACCGCUCAUCCAGAGGAACGACUAA